UGACUUCUCCUUCCAAACAAAACAAAAAGACAAAUGCGCCAGCUUCGAUCACAAACACCUCAGCCUGGACCCAGUCCGCACUCGGUUAUGUGCCAAUCCAGAAAAUGGCUUGACUUUUCCUCUCCAGCAAACGACCAAGUGAUUUGACGACAGACAGACAUCAUGGCGGCGGCCACUUCGCUGGGAGUUCACCAGCCCAUCGGACUGCGACAUGCCAUUGACGAAGGCUUCCUCCCUCCGAACCCUCCCUCUUCGUCCUACACUUGGGAGAUAUUCGUCGACCGACAGCCUCACGCCGACUGCGAAGACGAGCUGUUGACCACCGAUACCUGCGUCAUCUGGUCCCGCGGCGGCAUCUUUCGAAAGAGCUUCAGAUUCGAUAUGGAGAACGAGAAAGUCACCCAGGCUCUCCUCACCUAUUUCCCUACCUCGACAGACUCCCACCCCAUCGUCAAUGCUGCCUCUUCGCGGCCCGAGAAACCCACGACCGGAAACAAACCCGAGAAACAUGACGCGAAGCCACUGCUCGCCCGAGCCCUCGUCGUUUUCCUCAAGACACAAGCCCACAUCUACUUCCUCUCCGGAACCAGCCAUGUCGUCCACAUGCCCUUCGAGGUCGAGUCGGCCUGCGCCGCUCCAAUUGGCGUCAUCAUUCAACGGAAACAGCGAGCGAACAACACCCUGCCCGUGACCUUGCGACUGCCCAAGGUUCCGCCGAACUCCUUCGUCUCGUCACAGCCCUCGUCCAUCUUCAGCCAUACCGGUGCCGAGUUCUCCAUCGAAGGCCUUGGGCGACCCAAGGCGCUCCCCUUAAAGCUGAGCAGCACAUUGGAAAACAUGUGGCAGCCACCCAUGGAGACCCCCGACAGUCCUUGGCCUCGUCUUGUGUGUCUGACAGAUCCCUUGCUCGAAAUCGGUUUGGUAGUCACCCAUCCGGAAAAGCAAAAGACAAACAAGAGACGUCAAGGAGGUUCUCCCACUUCCAACUUCCUCAGUUCAGCCGAAGAGAUUGUCCAUGUCGAAGCAAUCAAGAUACCCGGCUAUGCCUCUGCCUCACAAAGCGAAGCCUGCAUUGCUGUUACCGUUAACAGAGAAAACAGCAUGUACAGCGUCUGGCGCUUGACCUUUCUGGAAAAUGAGGAUCCCUUCAUUGGCAAGAGGAAGAAGAAACCCGUCAAGUCGACUCGCAGACGCAGUUCCAUGGCUCCUGGCAUGCCUAGCGGUGCCAGCACCCCCGUCCACCCCUCCAUCAGAGAUAGCUUCGGUGCUCCUCUGCCCGGGAAGAAGCCUCGCAAAAGCGUCAGGAUCGAUGAGCGGGAAAAAGAAAAGGACAAGGGACGGGCGCUCGAGGGUGUUUUGAAUUCUCUAGACCCCCAGAAAACUGAUGACGCUGCCCGCAGACAGUCUCGUCGAGUAAGCUCUCUGUUGGCCAGAGCUGACUUGUCCGCAUCCCAAGAGAGGGCGAGUUUCUCCGAGCAAACACUACAUGCGGUGCAUGGCGGUAGAAAGGGAGAUUCACUAGGCAGUCAACGGACACGCAUGAGCGGUGCCUACGGCGGUUUACAUCUUGGCGGUUCCUUCAACCAUGGUCUCAACAGCCUAGCCGAGGCACCUGUCGACUCUCUACUCGAGGAGCUCCGUGCUGGUGGUGACUUCGAGGGCUUCCACAAUAUGGGCUUGGAUGAUCAUGAGUUCGAAGGACUAACCCACGAGAUGCUCUUCACAAAGGUCCACAGUUUCCCCAUGGACAACGCCAACGUCCGCUACUCCCUGGCCAACAAGCCAGUCAAGGCGCAGUCCAAAGUGUUCAUCCUCGUCGGUCCUCCUACUGCUACUGACGAGCAGGGUCGUGUCCAGAUUCUUCUUGGUAUCCAGGAUGUUGUCGACAAGAGAUUGCAGCUCCUAACACUGCACGUUCCUCAUCCCGUCCCGGGAUCAACUGUUGAGCCAGCCACGUCAGGACUCUUCUCCAAGAUUCCCAUGGUCUUCAGCGAACUUCGAAGGGCGCAAAACGUCAUUGACUCGUGCAAGAUCUCAGAUGGAAACGAGCAGACCAUCCUCAUUCUCUCCGAAGACAAGGCUGGUGGCAGAGAGCUGAGCUUGCAAUCUCCAUGGAGCCAGCUCACCACCGUGGAUGCGACCCUCCUUCUGCUUGAUCAUGUCAGCAACCUCAGCUACUCGGGAACUCAUAGAACAAGGACGGCAUCGUUGGUCCCCAAGCCAGGCGGGAUUCGCCUGUCCCAGAUCCGCAUUGAUGCAUUAUGCCACAGUUCUCCCCGUGGAGUCAUUGAUCUACUAGAUAAGGACGGCGCAUUCCAUCGCAUCCGCCUCAAACUUUGUCCAUCCUCUUCCCAGGUCCGCAAGGCCUUGGACGUUUGCAAAAGUGUACUUCCUUCUUCACAUGCUGAUCGACUGCUGGCCGGUUGGUGGCAUACUACACAGUGGCUUCGAGUCUUGAACCGACAGGAAGUAACCACUCCCGACCGAGAAUGGUCGUCCUUUGUCGUUCUGUUGCUGGCGAGUUUCAUGGCCCUUGGGCAUACGGACGAAAUAUCGUUGGCCAGGCUCGGCCGUGGCGUCCGUGUUUUUGAGCCGAACAGUAAUUGGGAAGCCAUGGAGUUAUACGCCACCCCGGUGGCAUCUGCCGAUGCACCGUGGAUGCGGAACAAGGGCUGGCAGUGGUUGCUGGAGGAUGGCCUCCUUGACACUAUCCCAUCUAGCCAAGGCCCGCAGCCACUGAGCUUCAUGGCCCGUCAUGUCGAGCUUGCAAAAAGUUACAUUGCAUCUGCCGAAGGCAUGGCAGCGUUUGGUGUUAAUGGCUACCUCCCAACAGCCGUCGAGAGAGAUCGCGACAGUCGCAAUAAGGCAGCCUGGAGCAUGAUGCUUGCGCUUCACCUCCUCGUGGAAGAACAGACAUUGAGUGUCUUGUCCCCUGAAGAAGUCUCGCCUGGUCAGAGUGAUCUUAGGGCGCUACUCUGGCAGCUUGCGAGAUGGCUUGGAUGGCAGCAGUACGAGGAGCUCUACAGCCUUGGUCUACAGGCAGAUCUGGGCACGGAUGAUUCAGCUUUUCUUGCCCAGUUGGCUAUACCUCCACCCGUGUUCAACCCUUGUGUCUUAACCUGGAUCCGGCAGCAUUUCACCACCGAUGAUGGCCCCGAUUUCCUGACGCUUCCUCAAGUCUACGCUACGGCCACCUCUGACGUUCGUGCAAGCAGUCCGAGGGAGGGGGCCUGGCGUAAUAUGACCCCACGCACCUUCAUGUUCAAGAAGCUCUUUGAGCUCCUGAAAACAGCCAAGGACCGUUUCGAAGCAGUAGCAGCCAUGCAUACCGCUGGUUUCACCCCUCAAAUCCUCGAGACGUUACCAGAAGCCAUCUUGACGCCUUUACAAGACUUCAUCUUUAUCUGUCAGCCUAACCCUCCUCUGUCUUGGUCCACUGAGCUGCUCAAGCUGGUAAACCGCACCGACGUCAGCACCAUUCUCAAGCAAGUCAAGAUGUCGAAAGCGAUAGGGUCGGAACUUCAGCCACCUUCACACACGGCGAAAUGGGACUUUCGUAUGCUGUGUCAGCAUUUGGACGACUUACAAGAACAUGGUGAGGAGACUGAUGCCUCGGAGAGGCAACUGGUUGUUCGUACCCUGUUCAGGGAGGACAGGAGACUCAAUGAGGCCCAGAAUCUCUUGUCUUCGGGCAAGUCACGCGUGCUCCGGCUUGAUCCUAAGCCAGAGUGGUCUGAGUCAGAGUACCUGGAGAAGCAAAAGGAGCUAGUUACCACUGUUGCGACCAGCACGCUUGCUAUCCCACCUGGACGUGGCUUGCUGUACUACUCCUUGCGGUACCCGCUACUCACCCAAAAAUAUCACAUCAGUGGUUUCAAUCUUGCAUGCAUCAUCCGGCCUACCAACAAUACCGUCAGUGUUGACAAGAGUCAGUUCACUGAAGAAAAGAUCAACUGGGCUUUCUUCCAUCAGGGCGUUGCCGGCGGGCUUGCGAUAUCGCCACAAGCCAAAGCCAUCGACACCUCUUGGAUCCUCUACAACAAGCCCGGCCAGGACCUCAGCAACCGACACGCAGGCUUCUUGCUCGCGCUCGGUCUGAACGGUCACCUCAAGUCAGUGGCCAAGUGGGUGGCGUUUAAGUACCUUACCCCCAAGCACACCAUGACUUCGAUCGGGCUUCUCCUCGGUCUCGCCGCCUCGUACAUCGGGACCAUGGACUCUCUCAUCACCAGACUGCUGUCUGUCCACGUCACUCGCAUGCUCCCCCGAGGUGCGGCGGAACUGAACCUCUCCAAGCACACCCAAACCACUGGCAUCAUGGGCAUCGGUCUGCUUUACUGCAACAGCCAACACCGGCGCAUGAGCGAAAUCAUGAUGUCGGAAAUUGAGCACGUUGAAGACGGCGAGGAAGAAGACCCUCUCCGUGACGAAUCUUACCGCCUCGCCGCCGGUUUCGCUUUAGGGUUCAUCAACCUUGGCAAAGGCAAUGACCUCAAAGGCCUGCGCGACAUGCGCCUCACCGAGAAGCUGCUUACCAUCGCCACGGCCACCAAGCGCGUCGAACUCGUGCACGUCCUGGACCGCUCCGCUGCCGCCGCUGUUGUUGCUGUUGCCUUGAUCUUUAUGAAAUCGGAGGAUCAUAUCGUGGCACGGAAGAUCGACGUCCCUGACACCGUGCUGCAGUUUGACUACGUCCGUCCUGACAUCCUACUCCUCCGCACAAUGGCCAAGCAUAUCAUCCUCUGGAAGGGCAUCACACCUUCCUUCUCUUGGAUAAAGACAGGGCUUCCACAGGAGUACCAAUCUCGUCACCGCUUGACCUCCACCACUCGUCUACAAAGCAAGGACCUCCCCUUCUUUUCCAUCCUCGCCGGUCUCUGUUUUGCUUUGGGCCUGCGGUUCGCCGGGUCAGGAAAUAUUCAGGUCCGCGAUCUGCUGGUGCACUACCUCGAUGAAUUCAUGCGCCUCGUCUCAAUGCCAAAGAGCAACUUUGAUGCGGAGCUUGCUCGCUCAAACGCGCGCAUGUGCAUGGACAUGUUAGCCCUUUCCUGCGCGACGGUGAUGGCGGGCACCGGCGAUCUGGUGAUUCUCCGCCGGCUCCGGGCGCUUCAUGGGAGAGAUGACAAGGAAACGACUUACGGGAGUCAUAUGGCUUGUCACAUGGCUAUCGGAGCCUUGUUCCUCGGUUACGGCACCGCUACCUUUGGGAACAGCGACCUGGCCGUCGCGGCGCUGAUUGUUGCUUUCUAUCCCAUCUUUCCGGCAACGGUUCAGGAUAACAGAGCUCACCUGCAAGCCUUCCGCCACUUUUGGGUGCUGGCAACAGACCCACGCUGCCUUGUAGCCAAGGAUGGGGCCACUGGUCAGAGUCUGAACGUCCCUGUUCUCAUCUCCCUUAGACGCAACAGUCCAUCAGCCCGCGCCGCCGCGGCGAACUCUGCCAUUGACUCUCUCUUCGAGUCCUCAUCGGAGGGUGUCGUCAUCCGCCGCCAAACCCCUUGCCUGUUACCACCCCUAGACGACGUCCUACGCGUCACGACGGAUGCUGGGCAGCAGGGCUACUGGAACCUGACCAUCGACUUCGAAACGAACCCCAGUUUGGUGGAACAGUUUAAGGAGAACCAGACCCUGUGUUUGAGGAGAAGGCCAGCGUUUGAGGCACCCUUUCCUGCUACUUUGCGUGCUUUGGGACGAGGGGUGGGUCCGCUUGCAGAAGAUGGGCAGUCGAGGGAUCCGUUUGAGUGGGUUUUUGGACUGAGUGCUGGUGCUGAGGGUAGUGAACUGGAUGUCACGAGUGGCACGGGUGGCAAUGCUGCCAGUGCUAAUGGCCACGGCAUGGGCAGCGAGCUUGGAGAGUUGGCAAAGCUGACCCACGCUGAAAGAGCAGUGGUCAUGGACCGCCUCGGCUCCGGCGGCGGCGUUGGCGAAGGCGAAGGCGCCACGACCUUCGUCGAUGCCCGUCUUGUGCUUGAAAAUGAUCUGACCGGAGGUGGCAUGCCGAGCCGAGAGAAACUCCUGGGUCUCCGAUUGUUGUUUGAAUGGAUGGAACGGCGGCAAUCACUGGCUGUUCAGUCCCCUGCUUCUGCCGCUUUACCUGCGUUGGGUACAUUGCCCGAAACACCGGCGGCGGAUAUUGCGACAGCGGGCCGGACAACUGGGAAGGGGAAGGCUAAAGCCCGAGCAGCACAUGCAGGGCACGGACCCACGACCAGGAGCAAAGGCAAAGGGAAGAAGGCAUCUGUCGAAGAGGAGAAGGAUCAUGGUUUGCCGAACUGGGAUGAGUUGCGUGAGGGCUCUGGCUAUGGAGUCGCGUUAGGGAAUAGCUGGUGGAUGAGGGAUAGUGUCAUUGAGGAUUUGAAGGGAAGGGCUUGGUUGGUCGGGCGGGAGGGAGAGGCCUGAUAUUGAUGAGUGAUGGAUAUGAUCAUGAGUGAUGAGUUAUGGAAUUAUACCUGCUAGUGAUGGGAGGUGGCAUUGUGGGAGUGUUGUACCGUAAAAUGAUCCGGUUCCGUCGGAAAGAUCGCAGUGUGCCGACGACGAACCAACUCGGACAAAUUAUCGUAUAGCCCAAGUUUUAAACUAGCAUCUACGGUAGUGGAAACAUCGAUGAUGAGUUUAGG